AUGGCGACUAAACAGCCAGAAGAAGAACUGAAAUACGAAGAUUUUCUUCACUUGACUGUUUCUUCGCUAAAAGAUUUUUUGGCGUUGAGAGGGUUGAAACAAACUGGGAAAAAAGCAGAGUUAAUCGCUAGGGCAUUUGGUGCUUAUGAACUUAAAGUUCCGAAGAAAUUUACGCAGGAGCAAAUUUAUAAAAACAUACGUGAGGAGUAUUCAAGAAGGCUGAAAUUAAACAGCAUUAAAACUGAUCCCAACUUACUCCCCGAGCAAGCGUGGCUUGAUGACGUGAGAAAGUGGCCAGAAAUCGAUGACGGAAAGUUGUUCAGUUAUAUAUUGAGAAUCAAAGCGGUAGAUGUUGAUUAUAUUGGAAAAUAUAAAGACCAAAAGGCUUACUCGUAUUGGAUGAGGGGAUUUGUUGACAUCGUUUACGUUGCAAAAUGUCCUUCGGAUGGCAAAUUUACUUUCUUGAAAGGUAACAUCUGUCCUUCCCAAAAACUAAAUGAUGAUCCACACAAAGUUUGGGUUUGCGUCGAGGGAACUGGCAGUGACUGCAGGAUUGUAACGUCUUGGUGUUCGUGUACAGCGGGAACAGCAGAGGCAUGUAACCAUGUAAUUGCCCUCCUUUACAAGGAUAGAAAAACUAAAAAAGUAAGUAAUCGAGACAGCAACUUGGAACAGAAAAUGCAAAAAGAAUUUGAUCCAAGAAAGCAUGAAGACAGACAGUUGACCGAUGAAAGAGUUUCUUCCUUACUGAAGAGUGUAAAGGACUUGGUACCAUCAGCAUGUGUGUUGUUCUCUGUUGAAUAUGUUUAUGUCAAAUAUUUUAAAGACAUACCAGUGGAACAAGCCACUACACAUUUCCUUAUUGAAUCACAAAUCACCAAAGAUCAAGUGAAAAAAAUUGAACAGGAAACAAGGCAGCAACAUUCCAACCCAUUGUGGAGAAAGCAAAGAAUUGGAAGAAUAACAGCUUCCAAUUUUCACAUGGUUCACACAAAAACAGAGACUAUUAUGAAAAGCAAAAAUGCUAGCAAAAAGAAGCCUCAAUAUAGCCCAACUGUAUUUAAAUUAGUAAAUGAGUCUGGAAACAUUUCCCAUUUACCUCAAAUUAAGUGGGGAGUGGAACACGAGAAAGAUGGCAUCAAGUCCUUUUUGUCUGAUGUGGCUAGUCAGCACGAUGGUGGCAUUGAAGGGUUUCGUCAGUGUGGACUCUAUGUAAAAAGUGACUAUCCAUAUCUUGCUGCUUCUCCGGAUGGUUUGUUCUCAUGCAAGUGCUGUGCUCCUGCUACUGUUGAAGUGAAAUGCCCAUAUUCAGUUAGAUAUGGUAAUAUAAUGAAGAAAGAGGUUUUUCAGCAUGUGGACUUCCUUGAAGAGUUUAAUGGUAAUCCUCGUCUGAAACGUUCUCAUUGUUAUUACACACAAGUACAAGCGCAAAUGUGGGUUUGUGGUGUACAUCAUUCUUUCUUUGUAGUUUGGACACUUGGACAUCAACCCCUUUAUGAAGAAAUUGAGCUGGACAUGGCAUUUAUGACAAAUGUGGUAAAUAAUCUUACUAUAUUUUAUAAGACUUAUGUUAUGCCUUGUAUUUUGGGUUAUCGAGAUCUUUUGCAAUGUUCAAAGUGUGAGAAGGUUAUUUUGGAUGAAGCAGAAAUCAAUUGCCCUGCAACUGAAAGGAGUGUAACUUGUGUCACAUGCAACACUCAGUGGCAUUUGCCAUGUGCAGGCCUGACUGAACGAUGUCUCAGCUCAAUAGACUCAUGGCUUUGCCACAGUUGUCUCCUUGACAAUGCUGGUUGUUAUGAUGAUAACAGUUUUGAGGAAGAAGAAAUUAGCAUAAAUGACACAGGCCUCAUCACAUCCCAGGAUUGCUCACCUUUAAUAUCAGAUGAAAUAAACAAUAUAUGCCCAGUAUGCAUGUUGAAAGACAUUCAUGUUGGAGGAGAGCAUAUUUGUUCUAUAUGCAAAAAUGCUGUACAUGCAUGGUGCAGCAAUCAUGAAGAAAUUACAAGCUCUGCUAAUUUAGUUUGUAAUUAUUGUAAGUCAGAUUAAUUUUCACCUUGAUCCUCUAUGUGAAAGAUUUCUCCAGGGUUUAGCUAUCGUGAAAGA